CAAAAACAGCUAAAAAUGGCCAACUGCGUCUUGAAAUAUUUGUAAACAAUUUGGAUAGCCGGCGAAAAUGGAUCGUUUGGCCAGAGUUUUUUCUCAGCAGGACGAACUAAUAAACCUGGAUGGAGGAUGUAAGGAUGAAUAUGAAACCUUUAAGUCACUGGAUUCUCUGCCGGCGGAAAAGCUCUUGAGAUUCCAGCAGCUUUCAGUCAACCUGCUGCAGGAUUUGGAGAAGCCGCACGACAGGAAGAAAUGCACGGAAAGAUCGCGAAGUCUACGCGAGGAGGGCAACAUUGUGUUCCGAGGAACCGGAUCAGGAUCUCCCCAGGCCUCGGAUCGGGUACUGAAUGCCUGCAGGCUCUACACGGGAGCCGUUUUUGAGGCGGAGGAAGCUCUGGAUGAGCUGGCCCUGGCUUUUGCCAACCGGGGAAUGGCCCUGCAGGAGUACGGGUACUACCGAGAAGCCUACGAUGACUGCGCCAAUGCCCUGGAGUGUGGAUAUCCGGAGAGGUUGCGCCACAAGGUGAUCAUGCGGCAGGCCCACUGCGCCUGGAAGCUGGAGAAAACCGAGUCCUUGGAGGAGCAUCUGAAGUGUCUGGAGCAGCUGCAGCUGAACGAUAGCUUCAAGCAGCAGCUAGAGGACUUGAAGGAGAAACUGCAGCUCCUAAAGAACCAAUCCAAUGAGCUAGAUACACUAGAGGUAUCAAUGGACAAAGUUCUAGAGGAAAUACACACAGAUUCUGGUCAGCGUGGUCGCUUUAUGGUGGCCAAAGAAACGAUAGCCAAGGGUAAAGUCAUCUUCUCCGAAAGAGCCUCCUGCUUCGUCCCCUUAGAACAGCGGCUAAUUUGUCAGCAGUGUGCCGCUACUUUGAUGAGUGCCCCCAUUCCGUGUCCGAAGUGCCAUCAAAGAGUCGUUUACUGCUCCAGGAAAUGUCGAGAAGCGCACUCAGCCAUCCACAGACACGAAUGCGCCGCCUACCAAAGGGAUCUUCUCAAACUACUAGGCGUUUCGCACUUGGCCUUGCGGCUGGUCCUUAUUUACAUGCCUCAGAUGCUGCCGCAUCUGCAGGAAGGCACCAGUGCGCAGGAAAUUUGGAAUGGUAUCAUUGAUAUGACCAAGAAACUAGAAGCGCGGGAAACCACUCCAGAAUGUUUGCUAAGCCUGCGCAUGGUCAGCCAUCUGGAUAAGGCUUCUCAGGCGGAGUUAGUCUAUCAUAUCCUGUGUGCAAACCUGCUCCAAGUUUAUCUAAAGGAGCACACCGACUUCUUCGAUCAGUUCCAUUCCUCGUCAGCCAGCACUAAGGACUGGCAACUGAUUACAUCAGCAUUGAUUCUUCGAUCCGCCGGCCAACUGCUUGCGAAUGGUCACGUGGGCGAUGCCCUGCUGCCAGUUGGCUUGGAGCCAAACGAGUUUGCUCUGCUGCAACCGGAUUUGUGGCAGAAGCCGCGACACCUUAAGCUCGGUCAAUUGCAUAACCUAGCCCAUUCGGAGCUGAUCACAGCCAUCAAUCUGCCCUACUUAAGCCUGUGCAACCAUGCCUGCGCUCCCUCUAUUCGGACCAAGUUCGAUGGGUGUUCUGUGGUUAAUUACGCGGCAAGGGACAUUUCAGCGGGAGAGGAGAUCUUCAAUUGUUAUACUAGGGAUUACAAAAACAGUUUAAAGAUUCAGCGAUCCGAACCCUUAAAGGAGGUCUACAAAUUCCAGUGCAGCUGCGCCAAGUGCACCCAAACUAAUUCCGAUCAAGACUAUCUUAAUUUCCACCGCUAUCGCUGCGAAAAACCCAACUGCCGGCAGGAAUUUCUACCAGACGUCGAACUUCAGCGGAAUAAUCUCAACUGGUGGCUGCCAUCCAACGCAGACAACUUGAUUAUUUGCACAGUGUGCAAAGAAAGGCAAUAUUUUGCCUGGUACAAUGACUUCCUUGACCUCGUGGAGAGCUGUGCAGACUCGUUAAAAAGGAAGGCGCUUUUCCAGGCUUUUGAUGAUCUAGACAAAUGGCUGGUAGACCACCACAUUCUCAAAAGAAAUCUGGCAGAGGAACUGAUUACAGCUUGCUUUGUAGAAAUUGACGAGAGGACUUUAUUAGAUAAGAAAGACUAUGAAAACCUGGCGAGGAUUAUUCGAAAUCAACUAGAGGGCAUUGCUGCCCAGUGUGGCGAUACCUCCAUGGAGUACAUCGCCCAAAUGACCUAUCUCUGGGACCUCAUUGCCCUGAGAAAAUGCCAAAGCAACAAAAAGGAAAUUCUAGAGCUAAAAGGUAAGCUGGAAUAUCUGGCCGAAGAGCAGAGCGAGGUAUUCUUGAACUAUUACAACGAUUUUAUUGAGCAACAAUGUAAAUAACGAUAUACACGCAUUAAAUUCACUAGUUUCGAGCUACAAGCAAUCAA